CUGGGCAGCCUGCUCGUUGUGCUGGCCGUGCCUGGGCGGGCCCUUGUCCGCCUUCAAACGGAGGCGGAGGUCGAGGCCGACAGUGAGGCGAUCGUCUCGAUGUCGACGCUCUCGACAGAGGAAUGGGAGCAGGCUCACGAGGCUGCCUACGAGCAGACGUUCACGAUUGAGCUGAACAUGACUGCUGCCAGCCAGGGCGUUGCCAUCGGGGCAGAGCUGUGGAGCCGGUCCGACCACGAUCCGCUGGUCGUGCUGAAGAAGAGCGAUGUUGGCCUCGUGGAGAAUUGGAACAGGGUGCACCCAGACAAGGCUGUGCAGGUCGGCGAUGAGAUCUUCAUGGUAGGCGAUUUCAAAUGGCAGCAUCGCAACGAGAUGUUCGUUCGCCACCUCAAGGAGCAGUUCGGAGUCCUGAAGGGGCAGAAGCCGGGAAUGGCAAGCAUCCUUGAGCUUGGCAUCCGGCGUCCCAAGAAGGCGAAGAAGGAACAGACAGAGAGCAAGAAGCCAGAGGCCCCCACGGACGCGCAGCCUCCAAGUCGUGAUGCUCACAUCAUCGAGGUCGAGUUCGAUCCGACGUUGGCAUACACGCUGGUGGACUCGAAUUUCAAUUCUCCCACAGCCAGCGACAUGACUGUCAGUGCUAUCUCCCCAGGCAGUCCACUUUACGCCUACAACGAGGCACAUCCCACGAAUCAAGUGCACGUCGGCGACUUCGUCACAGCAGUGAACGGCUCCCCAUGGUCAGGCAACUCCAUGCUGUUCCUCAAGAUGCUCCAUGACCUGGAACAAAGCCACGCGGCGGGAAUUCCUGGGCAAAGCGAGCCUCAGCAUAUCCCGCUGAUUCUGAGUCUGCACCAUGUCCGGUAG